AUGAAGGUUCAAAGGAAGAAAUACUGCGGUGGAUCAUGGCGUGGUAUCAUCAACCAGCUUGAUUACAUUCAGGGCAUGGGCUUCUCGGCUAUCUGGAUCACGCCAGUGACGGCCCAAGUCCCUCAAGGAUCUGGCAUCGGCUCUGCACGCGGCUAUGAUGGGGCAGCUGACUCUGUUGACUACAGCGUCUUCAAGCCGUUCAACAAGAAAGAAUACUUUCAUUCCUACUGUUCCAUCACCAAUUACGACAAUCAAACUAAUGUUCAGGACUGCUGGCUGGGCGAUAACAAGGUCUCACUCCCUGACCUAGAUACAACGCGCAGUGAUGUCCAGACCAUGUGGUAUGACUGGGUAAAGUCCCUUGUGUCAAACUACUCCAUUGAUGGCCUUCGCAUUGAUACCGUCAAGCACGUACAGAAAGAGUUCUGGCCAGGCUACAACAAAGCCGCCGGCGUGUACUGCAUCGAAGAGGUAUGCGACGGCGAUACUUCAUAUACCUGUCCCUACCAGAAGUAUCUCGACGGCGUUUUGAAUUAUCCCAUGUAUUUUCCUCUUCUUCGCGCAUUCAAGUCGACGAGCGGUAGCAUCAGCGACUUGUAUAACAUGAUCAACACAGUCAAAGACAACUGUCCUGACUCAACGCUCAUGGGAACAUUCAUCGAGAACCACGAUAAUCCACGGUUCGCCUCCUACACAAAAGACCUGUCUCUGGCGAAAAACGUGGCCGCGUUUUCCAUACUCGCGGACGGGAUCCCCAUCAUCUAUGCCGGCCAGGAACAGCACUACAGCGGGGGCAACGACCCUUCCAAACGCGAAGCCACCUGGCUAUCGGGCUACUCCACCACCAGCCCACUCUAUACCUUAAUCGCAGAGGCCAACAAGAUCCGCAGCCACGCAAUCAAACAAGAUGCAAAAUACUUGAUGUAUAAGAACUACCCAAUCUACAAAGAUACCACCACGAUCGCCAUGCGCAAAGGUUUCAAUGGCGCACAGAUCAUCACCGUGCUCUCCAACCUCGGCAGCGCGGGUAAAUCUUACACGCUCUCUUUGACGGGAACGGGCUACCAGGCCGGCCUCAGGGUCACGGAAAUCUUCACCUGCACGACUCUGACCGUCAAUGCGGAUGGAUCGGUCCCCGUGCCAAUGGCGAAUGGGUUACCUCGAGCCUUGUUUCCGACGGCAAAGUUGGGCGGGAGCUCAAUCUGUGGGUGAUUCAUUCUAUCUUAACUCUUUCAUCCUCUGUACGUUGUUGUGUAG